AUGGAAAAUAUUACCAGAAAUUGAUAAUAACAUUGACUUUUGUGUUUGUACAUCAAAUGGAGUUUUUUAAUAUUUAAAGAUUAUUAAGUUUUUAUUGAGACGAGAUAAAAAAUGGAUGAAACUAUUAUUUGGAAAUAUUUUGGUGAAGGUGAAAUAAGCGGCUUCACUUUGGUAAUUCCCAGUGUGGCAGUAGGAAACGUCGGACAACUGGCCUGUGACUUGCUAAUUUCAUCUUUUAAUAUGGUCAAACUUGCAUCGAUUUAUGAUACUGCAUUAAUACCAAUUCUAGGAUACGAUCCUUACGACUUAAAUUCAUCGAAACUAUCUACCUGCUGUGAAGUUUAUAAGUGUAUUCAAAGAAAUUUAAUUGUACUGCAAUUCAGAGCUCCUCUUGUAUACAAAUAUGCUCAACGAUUCUUGAAUGAAGUUGUUAAAAAAUUCAAGGAAAAGAAUGUCAAAGAAGUCGUUAUUUUGACCAGCAGUUUUGCUCAUGUGAAUAAACACAUUUCAUCAUCUCCAUUUAGAUUUGUGGCGAAUGAAUUAUAUUCUUAUAAAAAUAAAAUAAUAAGUUUGAAAUGGAUAGAACAUGAAUUACAUGAUACUGGAUUACAGAUAUAUGGUGGUGGUUUUGCUUCAUUAUUAUAUCAAAUUUGCACAGAACAAUUGUUACCAUGUUUAGUUCUGUAUAAGUACUGCUCGGAGGGAAAUAAUAUUCCAGAUGCCUAUGAGAUGAUUCAUUAUUUGGCCAAUCUGUUACCAUUGUUUUCUGAGAAAACAGAUUUAAAGUCACAAUUAUUAGAACCAGUUUCAUGGAAACUUUUGUUUGGUAGACCACCACCAAGUGAUAUUUAUUAAUGUUUAUAUAAUGUACAUUUGAAUAAAUUUUACUUUUUGUAUAAGUUACUUUUUUAUUGAACUUACUUUAAGUCUUAUUAUAUAUAACACAUAUAAAACAUUUCAUUUCUCCUGUAUA